UAUUCUCAGCGUUGUAGGUGUGUGGACCUUUGCUUUAAUAGGACCUGCAGACUGCACGCUGCUUACCGCUAGCUUCUAUGUUUUUGAGUGGCGAAUCAAAUGCAGAUACUAAAGUUCAGUAGCGACGGGUCGGCCCGGCUUUAGGCUUUGCAGCCAACAAUGCCCCGCACAUGAUCUCCGCGUCCAGCAACAACUGUCUUGGAGGUGCAUAUCGCGGCCUUGGUGUGAUUAUAAAGUUAGUAAUCGCUAUCGGAAGUGGAAAAUGGAAGUCACAUAUCAUAAAGAUACACCUGAUAUUGUCAGGAAUGCCCAGGGCCUCCAGUUGUUCACGGAGAAUACGAAUAAUGGAAAAAAGGUGCAAAUACUUAUCGAAGAGCUAAAGGAGGCGUAUGGAACCGAAUGCCAUAUCCGCCUCGUGGAUCUUGAGGCAGAAGAGCAAAAGAAGGACUGGUUUCGCGUCUUGAACCCUGGAGGUAAAAUCCCUACUCUUAUUGAUGACACCUUUGGCGCCCCUGUCUCAGUCAUUGAAAGCACCGCCAUUCUCGUCCAUCUCCAGGAGCACCAUGACAAGGAUAACCUCUUUGGCUUCACCACACCGGCCGAGAGGAGUCAGAUGAGCCAGUGGCUCUUCUUCUGGCACAAUGCAGCCUCAGUUCACGGCCACGGCCGAUUCUUCAUAGCGUCUCCAGAUGCUCCCCCUGCCGCACGAGACCGCUUCAGCGACCACAUCCGACGCAUUUACACAGUUCUUGAAACUCACCUGAGUGGCAAGCAUAGCGGGACACCACGAGAGUAUCUGGCUGGUAAAGGCGCAGGACGAUAUAGCAUUGCGGAUAUUGGCGCAUGGGCUCACCUCAAAGCUCACAAGUCGCUGGGUAUUAGUGACGAGGAGAUGAAGUCCAAAUUUUCAAGUUUGGCCGCCUGGAUAGACAAAAUCAGCGCCCGCCCUGCUGUUCAAAAAGGUAUUGACGGUAAUAAAUAUGACAGCAGCCUGAAUGUUGGCGCGCUUGUGGCCGCUGAGAAGUAAAGCAAGCGGCAACGGUCUGCUCCAUCCGUGUGAUGUGCUCCGAAUUAGUUUUGGUAGAAGAGAGAAAUUCUAUUCGAAUUUAUGGGGUUAUUUAUAUUCGUAGAUAAGAUUGAAUAUCGUGGUUCUUAAGAAGCGGCGUACUUGUAGAGCCACCGGCAACAUACCCACCAAUCUUGUAGGGUAAACAC